UCUUUGCUCUGUAACCCGUAUUGUCUUGUAGAUCCACAGGAAUUUCCUCUGCAGGUCCUGCACAACGGGGCGAGAAGGAUUGCUAAUUACGUGAGGGAAUAUUUGUGGGCAGGAAUGAGACCCCCCCACCGCUGAGCUCAAGAUGAGAGAGUGGUGGAUUCAUGUGGGUUUAAUCUGCAUCCCGCUGGUGGCCGUGUACCUGCACAUCCCUCCCCCUCAGCUCUCACCUGCCCUGCAGAAGUGGCACAGCUCCGGGGACGUCUUCCUCUUCAGGGGCAGGAAGGUCUUCUACAGAGACUCUUAUGGCGCUUUGGGGAGCUCAGAUGUGGUCAUUCUGCUGCACGGCUUCCCCACCUCCAGCUACGACUGGAACAAGAUUUGGGGUCCUCUCACACUACGCUUUCAUCGAGUCAUUGCACUGGACUUCCUUGGUUUUGGCUUCAGUGACAAACCAAGGCCCCACAGGUACUCCAUUUUUGAGCAGGCCAGUAUCGUGGAGGCCCUGGUGGCCCACUUGGGUCUGAGCAACCAGCGUGUCAAUCUGAUAUCUCAUGACUAUGGAGACACUGUGGCCCUGGAGCUGCUCUAUAGAGGUGAUCAAAAUCGUACAGGACACCUGAUCUUGAACAGCCUCUGUCUUUCAAAUGGAGGAGUAUUCCCAGAAACACACCACCCACGCUUGCUGCAGACGCUCCUGAAGGACUCCAGCAUUCUGUCAUCAGUUCUAACGCGCCUCACCAACUUCUUUAUUUUCCAAAAGGGGAUAAAAGAAGUGUUUGGUCCCUACACACAGCCCACAGACGCUGAGUUCUGGGACAUGUGGACAGUUUUACGCUACAAUGACGGCAACUUGGUGGUGGACAGCAUUCUCCAGUACAUCAACCAGAGGUUAAAACACAGAGACCGGUGGGUGGGGGCGCUCACUUCCACAUUCGUCCCACUGCACAUGAUCUACGGGCCCAUGGACCCCGUCAACCCCCAUCCCCAGUUCAUCCGUCAUUACCUGCAUUUGGUGAAGAGGUCCACUGUCACAGUUCUGGACGACCACAUCAGUCACUACCCUCAGCUGGAGGAUCCCACAGGUUUCUUAAAAGCCUAUUACAACUUCAUUCAUUCUUUCUGAAAGAACAACAAGUAUCUUUUUUCAAAGUUAAGCCUGCAGUGGAAGAGUUGGAGAAGACUGAAUUAAACCCUGAGAUCAUAAACUACAAUAAUGUUUUUCAGCAGUUGAAUGUAUUUCUUGAGCCGGAUGAUACUUCAUUUAAUUUUCUACAUUUCUGUUGUCAGUUACCCCCCUCAAAAAAAAAAGAAAAAAAAAAAAGAAACA